UGCCACGCAUGCCUUGGGUCACCUCAUCAAAUCCCAUCACAAACAUGCCCAAUGACCAGCACUACACCGUGCUAUAUCAGAACUGGGAUAUCGCUGAUCGACGGUUCUGGAUCGCAUGGCACCGGGAUUGUGGAAACGGUCGCACGGGUGGUUUGAAUCUAAAUCAACGAUGUCAACGGCAAAUGGGGAUUAUCAUGAUACUAUUACGUCAGGGUCAAACGUCGCAGGUGAUAAACAAGAGGCUGAAGACGGAGAGUUUUGGAUACCCUACGGAGGAGGAGACAGGAGAAGUAAGUUCUGGCCCGAGACGGGGAAGGGGAACUGAGGUUCCAGAAUGGCGGGUGGAUGCG